GGUAAUUUUCAGCACCAACCCUCUUCCAUCAGCAUCUGGUCAAAACUCUACUCAGAAAACUCAGACAAAUCUUAGAACUGAACAGAAGAGAAGCAUAAUCAGAUCAAGAAUCAAUGAAGACAACUUAGAUUCCUUGUUCCACCCAGAUUCAAAGCUUUUCAGUUCUAAGUUCCAACACUAAAAGUACCUACUUUCAGACAUCCUCGCCUCGCCUCUCCUGUCUUGUCUUUCACAAUGAACAAAGGCAGCUACACCACCACUAACAAUAGCAUCAAAAAGCUAAAGCUAGCCACAAAUUCCAGAAACCCCAUUUCAGUACACUUUUUACCAAUCUUAAUAAUCCUGGUUUUCACCAUCCUUCCCCGUUCUGCCCUCAAAAUAGCACCCCCUUUGCCCAUUUUACCCAUCCCUUCAGCACCUCAGCUCGAAUGGCAACUCUCUUCGAUGGCACUCUUUCUGCACUUUGGACCCAACACCUUCACUGACUCAGAGUGGGGAACGGGUCAUGUCAACCCGUCUGUAUUCAACCCUACCCAACUUAACGCUUCUCAGUGGGUACAUGUGGCCAAGGAAGCUGGGUUUUCAAGGGUGAUUCUCACUGCAAAGCACCAUGAUGGCUUCUGCUUGUGGCCAACUGAAUACACGGAUUACUCUGUGAAGGCCAGUCCUUGGAGAAAUGGGUAUGGCGAUGUUGUUGGUGAGUUGGCCUCGGCCGCUAAGGAAGCUACUGUUGCUUUGGGGCUUUAUUUGUCUCCAUGGGAUAGGCAUGAGUAUUGCUAUGGGAAGACUCUGGAAUACAAUGAAUUCUAUAUCGGGCAGAUGACUGAGUUGUUGACUAGGUAUGGAGAUAUCAAGGAAGUAUGGUUGGAUGGUGCCAAAGGAGAGGGGGAAAAGGAUAUGGAAUAUUACUUCGAUACAUGGUUUAGUCUCAUUCAUCAGCUCCAACCAGGGGCUGUCAUCUUCUCUGAUGCAGGUCCUGACACCAGGUGGAUUGGCGAUGAGGCUGGUGUUGCCGGUUCUACUUGUUGGUCUAUUUUCAAUCGAAGCAAUGCUGCUAUUGGUGGAACUGAUCCUCAAUACUCCCAAGGAGGAGACCCUCAUGGUCACGACUGGGUACCUGCUGAGUGUGAUGUCUCAAUCAGGCCGGGUUGGUUUUGGCAUGCAUCUCAAGUGCCAAAGUCGGCAUUGAAGCUUCUUGACAUAUACUACAAAUCAGCUGGUCGAAAUUGUCUUUUGUUGCUAAAUGUGCCCCCAAAUUCUUCCGGUCUUAUUUCUGAUGAAGAUAUACAAGUACUCCAAGAAUUCAAGGAACUUCGGAGGUCUAUAUUCUCCAAUAAUCUGGCCGAUAAUGGUCUCCUAAAUGCCAGCAGUAUACGAGGGGGCAAUGGUAACUCUCAGUUCAGUCCGUAUAAUGUCCUUGAAGAAGGUAUUGGCACUUAUUGGGCUCCUGAGGAGGAUCAAUGUGAUUGGGUCUUAUAUUUGGACCUUCGAGAAACAGUAUCUUUUAAUGUUUUACAAGUUCAAGAGCCGAUUCACAUGGGACAACGUAUCAUAAAGUUCCACCUUGAGAUCCUGAGUAGAGGUAGAUGGAAGAAUGUGAUUAAUGGCACAACAGUGGGAUAUAAAAGGUUGCUGCAAUUCCCUACAGUUCAAUCUCGGUACUUGAAGUUUGUCAUUGACAAGUCUCGAGCUAAUCCUCUUAUUUCUUUUCUGGGGAUCCAUGUGGAUCAAUUUUCGAUUCUGAGCCAUGCAUCUAAUACAACCUCACAAACAUAUAUCGAUGGCAGUCAAGUCCUUCAGCAAUAUCCAUACAACCAUUCCCAAACGGUCCCAGUACAGUACAUGUAAUUUCAAGCUGCAAUUGUCGUACGGGUGAGUGUUCAAAACACAUUAAAAUUUAUUGCUGCAUAGCUUGGGGCAUCUUCAAAAUGCCAAAUAUACAAUAAGUUGGUAGUACUGCAUUUGUGUAUGAUUGUUAAUAUUAUUAUCUUUAUUCAUAUGGAACAUAGUUUCUCCUGCGUUGAGUCUUAACAUUUAUGCUGAACUGAAACAUAGGUGUUGCUGCAAGGGUCUGGUACUAUAUUUCACAACCUUAAUGUCCAUCUUUACUUGUUUUUGCUUUUAUUCAU